CAGACUUAGAGUAAAAUCCUAUACAUUUUGCGCAAAAUUUAAAGUACCGCACCAGAUGAACAAUCCUACUAAACACGUGAUCGGACAAAACUAGUCCAAUUUCCAUUGUAAAACCAAUUUUUGUCCGAAUAAGAUUUAUUAUGCCAAAAAUUGAGUAUAUUGGUCGUCCGUCUCUACAUUUCUACGGAAAGCUUUUAUCGGAAAUAGCCAAAAACCUUAAAAAUCGUGCCAAAGGUAGAGUGGUAAUAAAGGAAACUGAGUCAGCACAAUUCAAAGAACCAUGUUAUUACAUUUUACACAAUGUCGUUCCGCUUAUGUCCGAUAAAUCUGAAGUUAGAUGUAGAGCAUGGGGUAGACGAAUAUUUCGUGGCCGAAAUCUUGGUCUUUGUCUCAUACCGAAGACAUAUGAACCAGAUUGGCGUCUUCUAUCACCUAGCGAAGCUGAAUCCCUAAUGAACAUAGCAAAGAAUGCUGAUAUGGUUGCUCCAGAUGUUCCAGUUAAUUGUGUUGCUCAAGCUCCUCCUUUAUUGACAGUAUUUUUACGAAGGAAAAAUGUACUUCCACAACAAGUGGUUGAAGAAGUUGAAAAAUCUACUCAUUCUUUAGAUAUACAACAAUCAAUGAAAGAAGCUAGUGGUUUAUUAAUGUUAACACCUCACCGGUAUGAUCCAACAAGUUUUAUAGUUCCUAUUGAACCGACAUCCGAAGAGAAAUCACGAAUGUAUCCUCCAUAUGAAUGGUCAGCCAAGAAAGGAUUAGUUACCAAACCGAAUUUAGAUGGUGAUUCAUAUUUAAUUCGUCGAUCUGAUACACCCGGAUUGUAUUGGCGUGUUCAUUUAACGAAAUCUACUAAAACUGAAUCAGAGAAGGAAACAAUUUCAUAGAUAGGAAGUCGAUAAUAAAAGAAUGAGAUUAGUUGUAUUCUUUGUUUUUUGAUAAUAUAGAAUGUAUGUAUAUAUAUACUACUUAGUAUAAAGUGUUUUAUUUUAUACUGUAGGUGGUGG